AUGCAUGUGCUCUCAACCCUCCUGCCCACCCUGGGCGUGCUAGCCCACGUAUCUUCCGCAGCAUACACCCUACGCGAUGACUAUGGUACCUCGGACGCGUUUUUCGACAAGUUCAAAUUCUACACUGACACCGAUCCUACCAAUGGCUUCGUGACCUACGUCGACCGUAACACCGCCUCAGCCAGCGGUCUCAUCAACACAGGAAACGGUGUCUACAUCGGCGUCGACCACACUAACACGGCCGAGAACCCUGGCCGUAAGAGCGUCCGUCUGGAGGGCACCACCACUUAUAAACAUGGUCUUGUCAUCCUCGAUUUGGCGCAUAUGCCCGGCAGUGUAUGUGGCAGCUGGCCCGCCUUCUGGAUGCUCGGCACCAACUGGCCCAACAACGGCGAAAUCGACAUAAUCGAAGGUGUAAACGAACAAACCCAAAACCAAAUGGCUCUCCACACCAGCAACGGCUGCACAAUCACCAACAGCGGCUUCACAGGAACCCUCGAUACACCAAACUGUUUCGUCAACGCCCCCAACCAAUCCCCGAACAGCGGCUGCACAAUCCGAAGCGAAAACACCCAGUCCUACGGCACUGGCUUCAACAACGCCGGCGGCGGGAUCUACGCAACUGAAUGGACUGGUUCCGCGAUCUCGAUCUGGUUCUUCCCUUCUUACGCGGUGCCGGGAGAUAUCACAGCGGGAAACCCUAACCCGGCGUCUUGGGGAGCCCCCACGGCUCGCUUUGCUGGUGGCUGUGAUAUCGAUUCACAUUUCAAUGAUCUGCAGAUCGUUUUUGAUGUUACUUUCUGUGGGGACUGGGCGGGCUCGGUUUGGGGUUCGUCGAGUUGUGCCGGUCGGGCUGGAUCGUGUGUGGAUUUCGUGAAGAAUAAUCCUGCGGCGUUCCAGGAGAGUUAUUGGCGGGUGCGGUCGCUGAAGGUUUAUCAGGAUUGGAGUAGUAGGGGUACUGAGGGUGGUGUUGGUGGAGAGGUUGGGGCUGAUGGUGAGGGUGAGGCUGCUGGCGAGGAUGUGGGUGCUGGAGUGGGUGCUGGAGUGGGUGCUGGAGAGGGUGCUGGAGAGGGUGCUGGUGCUGGUGCCGGUGCUGGUGUUGGCGCUGGUGUUGGCGCUGGUGUUGGUUGGGAUCCCACGGCGUGGUUUGAGCCCCCUGCACCUAGGACUUCUUCUAAGCAUCGUCGCGGACAUUAUCAUGCUGGGCAUGAUCAUGCCUAG